AAGUAGCUCUCUCUCUGCUGGAAUGUGGGAGCAGGGUGAGUAAGGACGCAGCCUGCAGGAAGGUGGAGUGCGCGCGUUACCACGCCGACCAGCACGGCAACAAAAGGGAAGCAGAGGAAGGGAGGAGCCUGCAAAAGGCACCUGAAGACUGGACGUGGGCUCCUGUGGAAAGGGAGAGAUUUAAAGCCAGUCUGCACACUCGCAAACGUCCAAGGAGCAGCUGCCCACACUUCUUCAGGGUGCUAGCUCGCUCCUUCCCAAACACACUCAACCAGACGGGUGAUCAGACACUGGUCUGACGGAACAGAGAGAAGCUGUGUUAAGACCUCGCUGUGCCGGAAGGUCCCGCCACGCCUGUGAGGAGGUGCAGGAACAGGAGCAGAGGAGUGCUGCUCCCCUCUGGAGGAGGUGACACAGCAGAGACGGAGUGAAAGGAUUUGAGUUUGAUCUCGCUGUUUCUAACUUGGACUUUGACAUUUGGAUUGGGAAAGUCCCCAUAAAGAGGUCUGCGAUGGGUAGAUGGGUGUUGCGUGUCGUUGUGGAGGUCGUAUUUCUGACUCUGUGUGUUGGCCAUGCUGAAGCUGCGAAUCCCUGCUCAGCUAGCAGAGCGGUGAACUGCUCCACCUGUUUGCAGACGGGAAUGGGCUGUGCAUACUGUCCUGAUGAGGUGUUCACCUACGAUCGCUGUGACCUGCUGGAGAACCUGAAGGCUCAUGGCUGUGUCAAAAUGGUGUCUGUGCAGAGCUUCAUGUCCAUGGAAGAGAAUGUGAUGAUUAAUAAAAGACUGAAGCACUCGCAGGUGGCCCCCCAGCUGAUGAAGAUGAUGCUGUUACCGGGGGAGGAGCGAGAGAUCGAGAUGGAGGUGUUUGAGCCUGCCCGCGGGCCACUGGACCUCUACAUCCUCAUGGACUUCUCCAACUCCAUGUCCGAUGAUCUAGACAACCUCAAGAGGAUGGGAGAUGAGUUGGCUGAGCUGGUGAAGACACUCUCAGAUGACUACACUAUUGGAUUUGGCAAGUUUGUCGACAAAGUCACUGAACCGCAGACAGACAUGAGGCCAACUAAACUGACCCAACCGUGGCCCAAUAGCGACCCCCCUUUUUCGUUCCAACACGUCAUCACUCUAACCAGCAACAUCAGCACCUUCAGGAACAUUCUGCAGAAGGAGCGGAUAUCUGGCAACCUAGACGCCCCUGAAGGUGGCUUCGAUGCCAUCUUACAAGCAGCUGUGUGCCAGUCUCAGAUCGGGUGGAGAAAGCACAGCACACACCUGCUCGUGUUCUCCACCGAGUCGGCCUUCCACUACGAGGCGGAUGGCAUGAAUGCGCUGGCGGGAAUCCUGGCACGUAACGACAAGGAGUGCCACCUGAACGACCAGGGCAGCUACACCCACGCCACCAUGCAGGACUACCCCUCUGUUCCUACACUGGUGCACGUCCUCAUGGAGCACAACAUCAUUCCCAUCUUCGCCAUCACCAACCACUCGCUCUCCUACUACCAGAAACUGGUGCAUUACUUCCCCAUUGCUGAGUUGGGGGUCCUGCAGGAAGACUCCUCCAACAUCCUCAACAUCAUAAAGAGUGCCUUCGAGAGUAUUCGCUCCAAGAUCAAAAUCCAGGCGGAAAACAAACCCAAAGCCAUCGGUGCUCAGGUCCUCUCUGCUUCCGGCGUCGCCUCCGACUAUGGAAACUUCCAGAUCCAGCCAGGCGAAAUUGGUAAAUUUAAAGUGCGUCUGAAUGCAAAGAGCCGUGUGAAUGAUAGGCCUGUGUGCAGCCUGAACACUAAUGAGAGGGAGGGGACAGUCAGGGUCAAACCCACCACCUUCAGCUCCGCCCUCCAAAUCCAGGCCGGUGUUCUCUGCCAAUCGUGCGACUGUGAGAAGAACCCGAUACCAAAGGCCUCUCGCUGUAGCGGCAACGGUGACCUGGUGUGUGGAACAUGUCACUGUUACGAUAAGUGGCUGGGCCCAUUCUGUAACUGCUCUGCCAAGGUCUCCUCUGAUGCAGGCUGCAUUGGUCCUAAUACGACGGAGCCCUGCAGUGGUAGAGGAGACUGUCUGUGUGGCACCUGCCUGUGUUACAACCCCAACCAGUAUGAGGGCCCCUUCUGCCAGUAUGACAAGUCCCAGUGUAGCCGAUAUGGAGGGUUCCUCUGCAAUGACCGAGGCAGGUGCUACAUGGGAGGAUGUGUGUGUGAUAGUGGGUGGACAGGAGCAGCCUGUGAAUGUCCACUCAGCAAUGUGACCUGCCUGGACAACAAAGGGGGCCUUUGUAAUGGCCGUGGUGUGUGUAAAUGUGGACGCUGUGAAUGCGAAUAUUCUGGAUUGGAGCUGGGUGCCACCUGUGAACCUAACUUCCAGGCACAGCUGGGCAUGUGCGAGAGCAGGAGGAGUUGUGUACAGUGUCAGGCCUGGAAGACUGGAGAGCUGAAAGGAGACAAGUGCAAGUGUCCCUUUAAAGUCGUCAUGGUGGAUAAACUCAAGGAGAGAGAUGACGUGAUUGAGACAUGCGAGUACCGUGACGAGGACGAUGACUGUACGUACUACUACACGGUGGACUUCCCUGCCGACCGCAGAAACACUGUCCACGAGGUGCAGGUGCUCAAGAAGAAAGACUGUCCCCCUGGAGGUUUUCUGUGGUUGAUCCCCCUCAUCAUGUUUCUCAUGCUGCUGUUGGGAUUAUUGUUGCUCUGCUGCUGGAAGUACUGUGCCUGCUGCAAGGCCUGCUUGGCUCAGCUCCUGUGCUGUGCGAAGGGUCGUAUGGUGGGGUUUAAGGAGGACCAUUACAUGCUCCGUCAAUCCUUGCUGUCCUCCGACCAUCUGGACACACCGCUGCUGCGCACUGGCCCGCCCAAGAGCACGGACGUGGUUCGCUGGAAAGUGAAGGACAAUGUCCACCGUGGACCCAACCACCCUCACAACCAAAUCCAGCCCAACCCCAAAGAAAUGAUUGAUUUCCCUCUGUCCCUGCGGCUCAACAGACAGUUCUCGGAUGAACUGUCUCGGCCAGAGGCACGGGACACGGAGGCCCUGCGGCAGGAGGUGGAAGACAACCUCAUCGACGUGUUCAAACAGAUCCCUGGCACCCAGAAACUGCAUCAGACCCGCUUCAGGACACAAAGAAAUGCAGGAAAAAGACAGAACAACACGAUCGUUGACACGGUUCUGUCGGCCCCUCGUGCCUGCUACCCCAACAUCGUCAGCCUGACAGACAAACAGGUGCAGGCUGGAAACUUCAGCAACCUGCGGGUGGUUCCUGGCUACUACACGGUGGCAACGGACAGAGAGGCCACAGGCGCUGUGGAACUUCAGGAGGGCGUGGAGUCCGUGGACGUACGAGUUCCACUUUUCAUCAAAGAUGAUGACGAUGACAAAAAGCAGCUGCAGGUGGAGGCCAUUGAUGUUCCCGUCGGAAUUGCCAAAAUUGGAAAACGCUUGGUCAAUAUUACUGUCAUCAAAGAGCACGCUAAGAGCAUCUUCACUUUCCUUCAGCCAUCAUACACUUUUGCUCGCCAAGAGGGCGUGGCUAAUAUCCCUAUUAGCCGUGAGAUCAUUGAGGAUGGCCGAACACAGGUCACCUACUGCACCCGUGACAACACUGCCAAGGACAAGAAGGAUUAUGUGUCGGUGGAAGGUGACCUGACCUACAUGCCUGGAGAGACACAGAAGAUGGUUCCAGUGAAGCUGCUGGAACUCAGGGAGGGAGACCCUCUGCUGAACACUCAGCCCAAACAGUUUGUGAUGGACUUGAGCAACCCACGUCAGGGGGCCAAGCUGGGCCGCUACCCACGGACCACCAUCCACAUCGCCGACAGGCAAGAACCUAGUGUAAUGAUGUUUAAGAACAGCAGCCAGAACUUCAGCACAACCGAUCCAAUCUACAACAUCCCCGUAAUCCGCACGCAGGGCCAGGAGAAUCCCUCUUCUGCCAGCUGGCGCACACAGAAUGCCUCUCGCUUCAACCUGUCCGGACAGGUUUUAUUUGCCCCAAGAGAGGCGGAGAAGAUGAUCACGAUCGAGCCACGUUUGCACCCAAGUCCUGUGAAGCCUGAGACCUUCCAGCUGGAGCUGUUUGAUCCCAGCGCUAACAGCUACAUCAAGGACAGGAAGACCACCCUGGUCAACAUUACUGACCCCAGAGGAGAUAUGGUGCAGAAGCCAGGAGCUCCGUUGCUGAAAGCAUCGUCCCCCAGUGGUCGCCUCCAAGCACCAGCUAACAUCAAUGCCUUGCCCACAGGCCCCAAGAAUAUCAACCUCAAAUGGAACCCCCAGCCUGGAGCCAAGGGCUACAAGGUGAAGUAUUGGGUCUAUGGAGACCCUGAAGCUGAUGCCCAGGUGAUAGACGUGAAGAACCCUGAGGCAGAGCUGACGAGCCUCUACCCUUACUGCGACUAUGAGAUGCGAGUGUGCGCCUACAAUACACCAGGAAAUGGAGACUACAGUGACAUAGUCCAGUGCCAGACCUUCGAGGAUGUCCCUAGUGAACCAGGGCGGCUAGCGUUUAACGUCAUUGGCCCAACAGUCACGCAGUUGAGCUGGGCUGAGCCAGCAGAACCCAAUGGCGUGAUCACAGAGUAUGAGGUUGUCUACACACCCAUCAACAAGGAUGGAAAAUCCACCGGGCCUGAGAAGCAAGUGAAGAUCGACAACCCAAAGAAACGCAUGUUGCUCAUUGAGAACCUGCAGCCGUCUCAGACGUACUGCUACAAAGUGCGUGCAAGAAAUAAGGUGGGCUGGGGCCCUUACAGAGACGCCACCAUCAAUCUGGCAACCCAGCCCAUCCGCCCCAUGUCCAUCCCCAUUAUUCCGGACAUUCCCAUCGUGAAUGCUGAGGGGGGCGAGGAGUACGACAGCUUCUUGAUGUACAGUAACGAAGUUCUGCGGUCCCCUUCUGCCAGACCCAGUGUGUCCGACAUGUCUGAAGACCAGAUGGCGAACGGGAAGUGGGACCGAUUUAUGUUCCCGGGUGGAGAUGGCUCCUUGACACGCAACAUCAGCAUGUCCUCCACCAGCUACAACAUCUCGCCUCGCCCUGGAUUCCCCAGCCAAUCACUGGAGACCACCACAACUCACAUGUCCAGCAAAGGGGGAUCUAUGCCACGCAGACAUGACCUCCAGCUAGGUGGUGGACUUCAGACAGAAGAAGUGAUCUUAAGGAAACGCUCAGAAAACAGGGCUUACUAUGAUGAUGGUGUGAGGGACUCCAUUGUCAUGGGUGAUUUGACUAGCGGAUUCUCCGACAUUCUAGGCGGCUCUAGCUUCAGUCAGGCUACAACUACCAACUACAGCCUGAGCUCUCGUGUUCACGCUCACUCAGAAGACAUCAACGAGGCUCUGCAAAACCUGGACCGGGUUCUCCAGGACUCACGGUUGCCCCAUGGGGUGCCUGAAACCCCAAGCAGGUUGGUCUUCUCCGCUCUGGGCCCCACUGCACUGAAGGUCAGCUGGCAGGAACCCCACUGUGACAAGCCUGUCUUGGGAUACUGCGUCCUCUAUCAACUCCUCAGUGGAGGUGAGAUGAAGCGCAUGGAUAUCACCAACCCAGCACAGAACUCCGUGGUGGUCCAGAACCUCCUGCCCAACCAGUCGUACUUGUUCAAGGUGAAAGCUCAGAGCCAGGAAGGCUGGGGUCCUGAGAGGGAGGGUGUGAUCACCAUUGAGUCUGCCGUGGACCCCAAGAGCCCCCUCAGCCCUGUGCCAGGCUCGGCGUUCACUCUGAGUACCCCCAGUGCCCCUGGGCCCCUGGUAUUCACUGCCCUGAGUCCAGAGACCCUGCAGCUGAGCUGGGACAAACCUCGCAAACCCAACGGGGAGAUUCUGGGCUAUGUGGUCACCUGCGAACAGCUGCAUGGCGGAGGAGAUAAGCGUUCCUUUCAGCUCAGUGGCAACACCGCGACCUCUCUGACUGUGUCUGACCUGAGCGAGAAUGUCCCCUACAAGUUCAAAGUUCAAGCCCAGACCACGCAGGGCUACGGGCCUGAGAGAGAAGGCAUCAUCACUAUUGAAUCUCAAGAUGGCGGGUCCAUGGGUCAGUACAGCAGCCAGUCCGUGAUGAAGAGAGAAGUGUUCAACCAGCCAACACAGAGCACCACACACACAAGUCACACCAUGUUCAGUGAGCCCUUCAUGACAUCAGACGGCUUGAUGAUGUCAAGCCGACAGAUCACACAGCACACCGAGAUGAGCGGGAGUGUCAUGCGCCAGGUGGAGAUGGUGCAGAGAGGAGUGUCCUCCACCGUCACCAAGAAAGUGGAGAAACAAUACUAUGAAGCCUGAUGCCACUGAUCUCAGACACCCCCAGAGGACAUGCUUAAUGUGCCUUAUGAGAAACAGUAUCACUAGAUCUGAUCCCAGAACUGCCAUACACAUGUUAAAUUUGAGUUUGGACUAAAUAUGUGCUACUGAACACACUCCUGCUAAAAGCAAACACAUGGUCUGUGCAUAAGCGUCCACAGUCUCCAGCUGUGUGUGGGCAGAAAGCUCAUCCUUCGUGGAGAGCCAUAGUGUCCAUGCACAGUGCAUCUUUGUGUUAGUGUUUGUAGAAACUACAUGUUGAGUGUAGCCCCAGGAGGAGGAGGAUGAAUGAUGAAGAGGGGAAGCUCUAACGUCCUCUGUCCCAGACCAGCUUUACACGCAGAACUAGUGUGUUUCAUUGAAUGUAAACAGAGGAAGUAUUUAAAUGUAAUUCCUUCUGUUCAGAGCUCCUGUACAAAGGCAGUAAAGCUUCCAUACUACUGUGGCUGGGUUACGCUAGCAAGCGCUAACAUUAGCAUUAACUAUUAUUACUAACUAACUAGUUGGGUUGUGCUAAGAGCUGCCAUUAGCAACUGCUCACAUAUUUGUCAGUGUUUGAAUUCAUUGUUUUCAAAUGUGUCUUAAAUGAUGAUUUUGAUCUGGUGAUUAAUCUUUGAGGAGAUGCACCAGGAGUUUCUGUCAAAUAAUGUUGUUUUGCACCACACACACAUUUCACUGUUCAAUUUACAAGGUUUAUUUGUUGCAGAUUGUAUAUAUUUGGCUGGCGAUUGGCCAGGGAAAAAAUCACACAGUCAGACAACAUGCAAGCGUUGCUGCCUUAAUAUGUGUCUGCCAUUGUGGGGAAAAAAGGUCUUAUACGUUUACCUUUUUGUGUGUUUUUAAUAUAUCUAAGUAUUACAUUUAUGAUUUUUAUAUAUAUAUAUUUUUACAUUAAGAUAAAGCCUCAUUUUCAUCUUGUUCACAGAUCUACCAUUAAUCAUGUAAACUCUUCACAUUUAACAUGUUAUACUUCUGUCUGCUUCCUGUCCAAUAUGUAAACCAGGUACUGAUAUACAUCUGAUGAGAUCAAACGAUUCAUGCUUCUAUUUACAAUGUAUUAAAUAUGCAGAACGGAGUGUAUGAAGAAGGGUGUGUGUGUGUGUGUGUCUUUGAUGCCUCUGAGUCAGUCUGCAUUGACCCACCUCCCAGUAGUGUCGGCCCACCGUGAAUUCUGCUUGAAUACAAAACGUCUGUGUUUUUUUAAUCCAAGCCUUUGUAAUAUGACUCAAAACAUAACACAUUUAGCAUACUGUGUGUGUGCAUGCGUGUAUGCGUGCAUACAUGCACUGUUGCAAUCCAUGCAUGUCUUGAGCUUUUCUGGACAUAAACAUGUUGCAUAAAUGCUGAAACAAAUACCUGAAAUAAAUACAGUAUAUUUAACUGAA